GAGAAAACAAGGAAAUCUCUUCUCCCUUCACCGAGAAUCAAAGCCCUAACUCAAACUAGAAACCCCCCAUUUUCCCCUUUUUCCCUGUUCUUGUUUGGUUGUGGUGUGCCUAGUCAAACAAGAUUUCAAGGAGAUUUGUAGUGGGUUGAAGUAAAAGUUUGAAGGAAGUUCAUUCAAACAACCGAAAAGCUAGUCGGGUUGACAAGGGGUGUUAUAGCUUCCAAUUGUGAUAUGCAAAGUUUUGUGAUAAACCUUGGCAACUGGAAAAAUUAGGGUUUUAGAUGGCCACGAGACGAGGAAGGAAGAAUUUGAAGAGGGCAACCGAGGAAAAGCAUAUAACCCUUCAAGAUGGGCAAAGCAUCAUGCAGGUGGUGUCUCUUCGAGGGUCCAAUCUCAUUGAGGUCAUGGAUGCACGUGGUGAGAAAUCACUAGCUCUAUUUCCUGCUAAAUUUCAGAAAAGCAUGUGGAUAAAACGAGGGAGCUUUGUUGUAGUUGAUGAAAGUGGAAAAGAAAAGGCUCUUGAAUCAGGUAGCAAGGUUGGAUGUCUUGUUUCUCAAGUUCUUUUCUAUGAACAAGUCCGAGCACUACAAAAAUCUCCAGAAUGGCCUGAAUUUUUUAAAUCUGGGAUGAUAGAUGAUUCAAAUGAAAUAACCACCUCCCAACAAGAGAAUGAGACAGACGCAAGUGAUGAUGAUGGACUACCUCCACUGGAAGCCAAUACAAACAGGAUGAGACCUAUUGAGCUGCAAGCUAUCGAAGAUUCAGAAUCCAGUUCAGAUAAAGAUGAUUGAAUUAUCUAGUCAGCCUCACAUGCUUGUUGAAUGAUUACAUUCAAGUUCUUUCGACAAUGCAUGUGAGAGAUUGUUCGUGUCCUAUCUUUGUGGGCUGAUUAUGCUGAAUAUUUAUAUGUUUCAACACUAACUCAAAAAAAAGGGAAUUGAGUUUGCAUUGACUUGUCAAAUUAUUAAACACGA